AUGGCUGAAAAUAAUGAAGAAGUGAGUAAGAUAUGGGUGCAUGAAGAGGGCAGUGGCGACGUGUUCAAUCCCGCAGAUUUGCGAGUUCUAGCUGUUGAUGCUAAUGUUGUCUGUCUCAAGUAUUUAGUAGCCAUGCUCCUAAAGUGUCAAUACAGAGUUACAUCCACAACAAUAGCAACUGAAGCAUUGAAGAUUCUGAGGGAAAACAAGAAUGAUUACCACAUUGUUAUUACUGAUGUUAAAAGGCUUGACAUGGAUGGUUUCAAGCUGUUGGAGAUCAUAGGCCUUGAAAUGGACUUACCCGUAAUUAUGGUCUCCGCUGAUGAUAGUAAAAGCAGCAUUAUGAAGGGCAUAAGGCAUGGAGCUAGAGACUAUCUCUUAAAACCUGUAAGAAUACAUGAAAUCCAGAAUAUAUGGCAGCAUGUCAUCAGGAAGAGGCUCUCUGAUUCUUCCGAUAGAUCUAGUAGAAUUACAAAGGAAAUAACGGAACAAGAAUCAGCAGUUCCUUUACAGGAACUCAAGGCAGAUGUCAUGGACGUUGAAGAGAAAGAAAUUAUGGGUAAUCCGAGUGGAGAUCCUUUUAGUGGGAAAAAGCCUAGGGUGACAUGGUCCUCUGAGCUCCAUAUUAAAUUUGUUGAUUGCAUUCAGCGAAUAGAAGCGAAAGGGGAGAGAGUUCAUCCGAAACGAAUUCGCGAAAUGAUGAACGAGGAAGGUCUUAGUCGAGAAAACAUUGCCAGUCAUCUUCAGAAAUAUCGAAACUUGUUGAAGAAGCACAAGGAGAAAAUAAGCCAACAAGAGAACCUUGUGGUUGAUUCCAAUAGGCAUAGAGGAAUUUCAUUCACUAAGAAUGGUCUCUGGAGCAAUGCUAGUGAUUCUACACCGAAGUCGCAUUCACCACCAACUGCUAGUUCUUUUAUAGAUUCGAAACAAAUGUUCUUUCAACCAAGAAACCACAAUGCUUUUCAAGAAAACUCGUUAUUCGGCAAUGUGGUAAUGCAGGAAAGGAUGCUUAAUGAUGGGGAAGGACAAUCUUCUUCAACUACAUUAACAAUGCAAAAUUCUCUUCCCGUGCCAGAAUUCAAAGGGUUAAACUUCUCAGCAGCUAGUUCAACGUGGAAAUUGCCUAAUGAGUACAUGGGUUCUCAGUUUUUCGGCCGCGAUCCUGCUCCAUGUGACAUGUCACGUUUUUUAUAUUCUCCUGCUGCUUCUUUCAAUCCAUGUUUUCCAAUGCUUGGACAUACUUCAGUUGAAACGAGUCCAGCUUCCGUACUUUCUUGUCCGAAUCCUUUUGCCGGGCAGGAUGAGGGACGAAUUUCUAAGAAUCUAUGUGGAACUGGAGCUUCCAACUAUAGAGAGCGUGAUAGUCACUGUGGAUACGGGGAUCAAAACCCACUGCGGAUAGACCUCAUGAAUAAUGACGAGGCUAGGCUAUACAUGGAUGAGGAAAUUAGUGAGAUGGUCAAGCAGUUUAACAAUGAUGCGGCUCCUAGGCUAUGA